CAUCGUUCUGCUACCAACGCAAAACUCAAACUUUAUGUUGCAGUGAGAGAGAAUUAGGAUCCUCAUCUUCUUCUCUUUCUUUCUCAGUCAUUCAUUCAUCAAAUUCAAGCAUUUUCCUCAUUCUUCACUCUCACUCAGGGUUGGAAGAUGAGAAUUUGUGGAGCAGCUAGCUGCAGCAGCAUUGCUACAACAUCCAAUUCCAUUUUAGUGUAUAUCUCUUCGUCUAUUUCCAGCCCUUCCAAAACCAAGUUCCUUCCAUCACUCUCUAGAUUUUCUGUUGGACGCUCGUGCUUCUUCCCCCAAACUCGUUCCCAUAUUACCGUCAAACCCUCCAUGAACCUGUUGAACAGACUUGGAUUUGGUAGCACAAGGGCACCAGAGAACAUGGAUUCCACAAUUCCUCAGGGACCGGAUGAUGACAUCCCGGCACCAGGGCAGCAGUUUGCCCAGUUUGGCGCUGGCUGCUUCUGGGGUAUCGAAUUGGCCUUCCAAAGAGUGCCUGGGGUAUCCAAGACUGAGGUUGGUUACACACAAGGGUUUUUGCAUAACCCGACCUAUGAGGAUGUGUGUUCAGGGACCACAAACCACUCAGAGGUUGUAAGGGUCCAAUAUGAUCCGAAAGAAUGUAACUUCGACACACUGCUUGAUGUGUUCUGGGAUAAACAUGAUCCUACUACACCGAAUCGACAGGGAAAUGAUGUUGGAACACAGUACAGAUCCGGAAUAUACUUCUACACUCCCGAACAAGAGAAGGCGGCCAAGGAAUCUUUGGAGCAACGGCAGAAGCAGUUGAACAGGAAGAUUGUUACCGAGAUCCUUCCUGCCAAGAAGUUCUACCGCGCAGAAGAGUACCAUCAGCAGUACCUUGCAAAAGGGGGUCGAUUUGGUUUCAAGCAAUCAGCUGCCAAAGGAUGCAACGACCCGAUUCGAUGCUAUGGUUAAAGUGUUGAGUGAAUAACAGUCACAGCUUAAUAGAUGUUAAAAGCUCAUAGUUUGUUUGGUAAGUAUUUUGUUAAUAUUAUGUCAACAUAGCUUGUUCACACUGUUUUUUGUAAGUUGAAGAUUGAGAUAGCUAUAAUUUGAGCUUUAGAGUUGUAUAUCUUGAUUUUAUAUUUAUGAUUUUGCUAUGAAGUGGGAAGUAUUACAGUGAUAAUUAUAAGCAUUGUUUUUUUU